AUGUCUGAAAGUAAACUGAGCAGCGAUGAAGUGCCGAUUAAAUUUACAGAGUGGCUUCUGGCUAUUGGUUGUUCACCAGAAAAAGUCCCCACAGUAGACAAAGUUGCACAAAUGUGUAGGGGUCAGUAUUAUAUGGUUUGGCGCAGUUUAAUAGAACAUGUAGAACCCAAGGAUAUUAUAAGACAGAAAAGGUUACAGGUGUUCUGUGAUGAUGUGCGCAAAUGGAAAAGAAAAAAUACGUUUAGGUAUCAAAAACAUUCUGAUGCUGUGAUACCAGAUGAAAUAGCUCUUUGGCAACAACAUCACGACAUCAAGGAAAAGGUUGCCAAUGUAGAAGCAAGGAUAGAUGAAAGGCAGAAGAAUUUGAAUCAAUUGAUGGAUAAAAUAUCCACAAAAUUGUCCCACCGCAAUCUUUCACGGCAACGUGUGCAGGAUAUACAAAGGCGAGUUUGGCUGUUGCAGCAGGUCACCGAAGAAUUGGAUGCAAAAAAGCAGAAUCUAGAAGAGACUAGGACUAUUGCAAAUUCUCUAUGUCUGGCAGAGGAGGACAUUGAUGUUCAUAGCAAACUGGAUAAGUACAUAUCUUCGUUGCGCCUGUCGCCGGCUCCAAUGCUUACUGCGAAUCCAGCAGCAAGCUCCACCGUUGUGUCUACCUUUGGAGAUAUUAGUUACUCUGAAGAACAUCAGUCGUGGCUCACGAAAUGUCGUGGCGACGCGCUCUGGACGCAACUGUACGAGCGGCGUGCGGGACUCAUAGCGAUGCUCACAAACGAAGCCCUUGUACACAAACCUCAUAAUGAUGGAUCGAACCCGGAGCGUGUUUUGUCUCACACGGCCAGUAUGCACGGCUCACUCGCGCUGGAAGCCAUGAAGAGUCGAGCACACAUUAGGCAGACGAGGAAGAGAUUAGCCAUAGCUGUGUCGGAGUUAAAUAACUAUCUUACCGGCGAAGCUUGUGAACUACUAGUUCUCCAAUGCGAACGAACCCGGGCUGCGGCGCGAGUCAACACUUUACGUAAUCUACUGGCGGAUUUGACGUCGCGUACGGGAAUAUUCGACGCAAGUGCACAAGAAAACGCCAUAGACAACGGACACUCUACUGUCAGGCAGAUAGCGGCCAUAGACAAGUCUAUUGAAAGCAAGAAAAAGGACUUGCAAAAGCUCUUAACAUCUUUGGCGACGACUGAAAAGAAGAUACAGAACGUACGCGAGUGUCUCACUGCCAUUUUCAACGGCUUCCACAAGGAAUCUUUGCCCUUUCAGCAUGAUAUAUCAAGAGGUCAAGGAGAUCUCCCUCAGGAUUCUAUAGCGGCACUGUGCCAGUUUUACGACGAAAGAUGCGAGGCACGCAAGAAUAAGAUGGAACUCAGCUUAAACUUUGAUGUGUCAGGAAAUUCGGACUCUGAAGAUAACAGACCACCAAAAUUUGCCGAUGAACUCAAAAUAUACUUGAGACAAUUCAACUUGGAGAAGAACCGAAAACUUAUUUUGGACAGUGGCGAAAAGAUCUGGAUAUUCGAAACAUUGCGAGCUUCAGUUACGAGACUACAAGCCUAUUGGCUUGAGAACGAUUUACCCUGCACUCUGCUUUGUCCGGCUGAAAGCCUGUCCCGUAAUUUGGAAAUGCUCGUAGAACAUAUCAGAAGCAAAAAGGAGCUGGAAAUAAUCAGAGAAGCUGUAGAAAAUGGUAUAAAUCAACCCAAAAUGAACAUAGACUUAUCGUUUAAAAGUAAAGAAGAAAACAUCAUAGACAAGAUAAAAAAGCGUUUGAACGAAAACAUUUUGAAUUUACAAAAGACGAACAAAACUCUUGACGGCGGACAGGAGAACUUGAGCUUUUGGGCCGAUAACGAAGUGAAAAAAUUCAUAUCGCGCAACAGAACCGUUGAAGGAAAGACGUAUAAUGAUUACGAAUCGAAUUACAUGGAGAGUGUCCGUUUGAGCAGUUAA